GGGGGGCUGGGAUCCAUUUGGCCCCCCGGUUUAUGGCUUCGUGCGCGGUCCGCUCGGAUGCUGGAUGUGCGGACCGCGGCCGCUGCGGCUGCCUCCAGCGCAGGCACCAGCUUACUGCAGCUGGUGGUGCCUGGAGACUUUGCUGGCCGGCUGAUCGGUAGGAAGGGCGCCAACGUGCAGGAGUUGCAAUCCCGCACCGGGGCGCGCGUGCAGUUCUCGGACCUGGGCCAAGAGCAGUUGGUGGAGGUGUCUGGAGCCUGCCCAUGCGUGGAUGCUGCCUGCUCCCUGCUGGUCGCGGAUUUGGCCAGGAUCCAGAAGCUUCAGAUUGCCGGCUGCAAGCUGGGCCUGCGCACGCCGGAGGUGGAGAUUUGCGCGCUGAUCCCGGAGGACCUCAGGGCCUGGGCGGAGCGCGAGCUGUUCCUGGAAGACCACGAGGCGAAAGGCGAGGCGCCAGAGGCUGGAGAAACCGACGUGGCCGAAAUCGCCGCGGCCGCUGCCGAGGCGGCCACCAAAGCAGGGAGCCUCGCGGCGCCCUUGCUGAUGGAGCUUUUGGGCUUUGCGGAGGUCUCGGGGGAGCGGUUCCGGCGCCUUCGGUUGGUGGGGAAGCCUUCGAGCGCCGCGAAGGCCUUGCAGAGGGUGAGACAGAGGCUCCGGCGUCAUUCGCGCUGGGCGGGCGCCAAAGUCAAGGAGCCCACCUGGCGCCUCGAGGAAGGGGACGACGAGCUCGAGGCAGGCUUCGUCUCCACCGACAACUUUGUGCUGGGUAUUUCACUCGAUGUUGCAGAGCAGCUGAAGAGCGGGCCGCACGCACAGCUGCUGUCACAGAUCAAGGAGGAUUCCGGUGCGGCGGCGCGCGUCAGCAGCAAGCUGGGGGAGAGCGCCAGUGUGGAGAUUGCGGGGAGCUACUGGUCCAAGAUGCGAGCCUUGCUCGAGAUCUCUGCGGUGGUGAUGCAGAUGCAGGCAGAGAGCCCAAAGCUCGGCCUCUGCCUGAGAGAGGAGAAGCUGAGCGUGGAGGAGGCCCUUGAGGCGGCCAAGCCGUUCACGCCCGAUGCUCGCGCAGGUGCCCGGCGUGCCGGGCGCUUUGUGCUGGAGCUCGUUGGCCCCGCGGCGCCAGUUUGCGGCGCGGCCAUGGCGGUUUGCCGCGAGAGCGAGCGCAAGGCCUUGGCCCUGGAGCGGAAGCAGGGGCCGCCUGGGCUGCUGGUGGACUAUCUCGCCAGGUGGUUCGGCCGCGACGCGGGGCGCAUGCUGCGGGAGAGGCAAGCGGGCCAUUUGAAGCGGGGGGUUCCUUUCGCGGCCGAGAGCGACAUGAAGAGGCCAAAGACUGCCGAGCUCGUCGCUACAGUGCAAGCCGUGCAGGGCCCCGAGCCUGCGCCAGAGGUGGAGGUUCAGAUGGCUGCGGUGAAGGCUGCAGAGGACCCAAAGGAGUCCUCGGAGGAGGAGGAACUUCCAGCGGCCGGGGCGCUGCUGGAAGGCUUCGAGGCCUUGCCGGCGAAGGAGAGCGAGAGCGAGGAGUCUCCGGCCGCGGAAGCGCCGGCGCCGCCCGACAGCCCGAGCUCUGCAUCUGAGGCCCCGCCACCUGCGGAGCCUCUGCUUCCCGCGCAGGCGACGGCUCCGCAUGCCGAAGCUUUGCCGGAAUCAGACUCGGACAGCGACUACUACCCGCCCGGCCCUGCAGAGGAUCCUUUGUGGGCUCGCCGCCAAGCGAUCCUCAAGAAGAUUGCCAUGAGCUGACUCAGUUCAUCCAAUCUGCCGUGGAUAUCG